AUGGAAGAUCAGAAUGAAAUAAUGGGAGAAUUUGUUUACUUUGGUAUCGAAGCUGGUCUAAGAAACUGUGUAAGUUCCGAUAUACACAGAGAAAAUUUAAUCAAAUUUCAAAUUAAUGUUAACGGCUUUCAACCGUUUACUUCUUCGUCAGUUGAUUUGUGGACAAUUCUAGGAAAAAUCCACUUCAUUCCCGAUGUCUAUAAGGUUUUUCCAAUAGCAAUCUUCUGCGGGACAACGAAACCUGGAAAUCCUGAUACUUUUCUAAAUAAUUUUAUAGAAGAGUUGAACCAGCUGCAAACAAAUGGCAUUACUAUUUCAGAAAAAUAUUUCCUUGUUCGGCUAAAGUGCGUGAUCUGUAAUACACCUGCCAGAGUGUUUUUGAAACAAACAGUGGGACACAUUGGAUUUUAUGCUUGCGAAAAAUGCACUAUCAAAGGUCAAUCAGUGGAUCACACAACUGUUUAUCCAUCCUGUGAAGCUGAAGAAAGAACCGAUGCUUCAUUUAGAAGUAAUGCCCAACCUGAACACCAUCAUGGACCUUCACCUUUUCUACGAAUAUUUUCGUACAUAAAUAUGAGUUUCAAAGAAAAACCAGAUCUAUAA